ACUCCGCCAUGUUUUGAGAUUUUGCGGAGAGGUGUGUUGGUUGGGUUACGGAGAGGGUAGCAACAUUUUACAUACGCGUUUUUUUCUGGAAAAUGCACACCUCUCAACUAAUUUUAUCUAUUUAUAUACAUUUUAUCGUCCAUAAGACUGUUAGGUCGCAGUAACGUUACAUCAAAUGACAACGGUCCCACAGCUCACUUGUGGUUAGCUAUCGUUUGAAGAAGAUUAGAAGGGGCUUGCUCCCUACAAAUUCUUUCGUCUCCUGCUUUCGGAAUGUUUUCCAAAAAGCCUCAUGGGGACGUCAAAAAAUCUACACAGAAAGUGUUGGAUCCAAAAAAAGAUGUCCUGACACGUCUGAAACACUUGCGGAUUGUUAGUGAAAAUGCUGAGUCGGGGGAUCUGAAGCACUUCUUUGACCAGUACUACUCUCACAUCUACUAUGUGUUCUUUGAGAACUUUGUCGCCAUUGAAGUCAGUCUCAAACAAAAAGGUCACAAAUCGCAAAGGGAAGAACUUGACUCCAUUCUAUUCAUAUUUGAGAAGAUUCUGCAGCUCCUACCAGAGCGAAUACACGGACGAUGGCAGUUCCACAGCAUAGGCCUCAUCCUGAAGAAGCUGUUGCACACUGGGAACUCUUUAAAGAUCCGAAGGGAGGGUGUGCGUCUGUUCCUGCUAUGGAUGCAGGCCCUGCAGGGUAACGCGCUGAGAGAGCAGCUAUGGAUAUUUGCCUGUCUGAUCCCUGGCUUCCCAUCCCCUCAGUCAGAGCUGGGACCCCGUACCCUGGACAACCUGGUGAACCCCCCUCUCAGCCUUCAGGAGACUCAAGUGACUCCAGAAGAGAUCAGUCCCCUGGUUCCUCCACAGUCAGGGGAUAAGGGCCAGGAAGACCUCACAGGAUACUUUCUAGAGGCUCUUCUGAAAUACAUGGUAAACCAGGCCAAAAGUCUGGAGUGGAAGUGCAAAGACAACCACGAGAAGGGCUUCGCAUUCCUGUUUGGAAACUUCAAGAAAUAUUACCUGCCGCACAUAUUCCCUAACUUUUCCAAGGAGACCAGUUUGUACCAUCCCAUAUUGGAGGUUCCAUCAAUGAGACCAAAGCCUUACUACAGUGUGGUGAAGAAAGACCCAGAGACCAACGAGGCAGUGUACUGUACUAAGGAGAGCCUCCUCAACGCGCGGGUCAUCUUCAUCCGCUGGCUGGUGUCCUUCUGGCUGGAGCCACGCUCCAACACUGGAACACACAUCCCUGGGGUGGACGGAGAGAGGGAGAGUGUGCCAAAGAACAUCCAGAGGGCAGCAGCUGGGCUGGCAGGGCGGGGACAUGGGCUGGGGGAUGACUUGGGCCCCAGGGCAGACAGCCUGGAUGGAGGGAUGGGUUGUGAGCAGGAGCAGUCCCACUCCAACACCUCCACCCUAACAGAGAGGGAGCCCAGCUCCUCCAGCCUGUGUAGUAUGGACGAGGAGCACCUCACUGACAUGGAGGUUGUGAGAAGAGUCCUCUGUUCGUCCAGGACCAAUGUCAACUUCAUCACUGAGAUUUUCCGACAGGCCUUCCUGUUGCCGAUGUGUGAGGCUGCAGCCAUGAGGAAGGUGGUGCGGGUGUACCAGGAGUGGUUUGCCCAGGAGGACAAGCCUUUGUUUAUGAGGGAGCCGGAGGAGGAGAGGAUCUUUUCCACCGCCGGAGAGGUUAACCUGGAGCCUGUACCCCAGCAGGGCCCAGAGAAGGAAGAGGAGAGGGUGAAUAAAGUGUCUGAGAAAGAGCUACUGGAGUACAGUGUGCGUGCAGGUGUUCAGCCCACUCUACAGGUGUUUGUCACCAACUCGGCCAAUGUGUUUCUGCUGGAACCAGCCAACGAGCUGAAGAUGCUGCUGGAGGAACAUGUUGACAUGUGCAAGAGAGUCCUUAACAUAUACCGCAGCCUGGUCAUGCAUGAAACCAUGGACCAGAAGACAUGGGAGCAGAUCCUGCUGGUCCUGCUGAGGGUGACCGAAUGUGUGAUGAAGAGACCUCCCUCAAUCAUGCCCCACGGCAAGAAGAACAUGACCCUCUCAGGGAGACUGGCCGGGGCAGUCUUUCAGACCCUGAUAGUGGCGUGGAUCAAGGGGAACCUGAACGUGUACAUCUCCAGGGAGCUGUGGGAUGACCUGCUGGCCGUGCUGUCCUCGCUCACCUGCUGGGAGGAGCUGGUCACAGAAUGGUCCCUCACCAUGGAGACGCUCACCAAGGUUCUGGCCCGCAACCUGUACAGUCUGGACCUCAACGAGCUGCCGCUGGACAAGCUGAGCGAACAGAAACAGAAGAAACACAAAGGAAAAGGGGGAGCUCACGAGGGCCAGAAAAUGUCUGUGGACCGUUCGUUCUCUAAGGGCUGGAGCAGGGACCAGCCUGGGAGUGGGAGCGGCCAGGCAGCAGCCAUGAGGCAGCGCAGUGCCACCACCGCUGGCUCCCCGGGCAUGGAGAAGGCCAGGAACACCAUACGCCAGAAGACUGGGGCCCUGCGUAGCUGCUCUACGGGCGACAGCCUCCUGUCCCAAGCCUUUAUCCGCAGCGCUAAAAGUGCCCCUGUCCUCGUCCAUCACCACCACCCUCUCCUGCCUGACUCUGUCCUCACUCCCCUAGCUGACAAGCUGGCAGACAUGGACGAUCCCCCGAUGGCCUCUCGGACCCCCAGGAUCCGCCACUGCUCCCAGAGCGAGGAUACCCCGGCCUCGGAGUUGUUUUCGGGGUCUGACGACCUGGACCCCCAGGGGUCCACGCUCCCCCGCAGCAGCAGCGCCUCCGACAUCAUGGAGCCCUUCAUCGCCGAGAGGGUCAAAGGUGCACUUCCUGUCCCUGACAGUCCCCCUUCUCACCCCACCACUGCUGUCUCUGUCCUCCACGACCACGCCCUGCACCCCCCCAACCCCCCCACUACCCUAGGAAGCAGCGUAGCCUCUCUGGAGGUGGGGGAUAGCAUCUAUGACCACCUGUGGCAGAUGAUAGGCCCCCGCCCCCUUGCCCCUGACUGGACCUGUGGUGGAACCUCCUUCUCCUCCACCCUCACCCAGUCCUCUGAGAGAGAGGAGGAGGGGGGGGAGACUGAGGGCGAGGAGGACCUACUUAGCUCUCUCAGGGAGUAUCUGAUGCAAAGAAGCCUGGAGGAGGGAGGUGGAGGGGGGGAGAGGGGUGGCCCUAGUGAGGCUGUGACGGUACAGUCAGGGUCACAGCAGGUCAGGAGACAGGUCCAGGUAAGGCAGCAGAGCAGCUUGGACUCAGCAGAGGAGGACAGUGCAGAGGCAGAGCAGCAGCCUCCUGAGAGGAGCAUUUAUGAGUGUCUGGAGCAGAGUGAUGACUGGGAGCUGGCCAGCAGGGGGAGCUCUAGUCUAGACCAGCAGGUAACUCCUCAGGGCACAGAGAAUAGGGGAGAGCCCCACUUGGUCAGGCAGGAUGCCACAGAGUGUGAGUAUAAUAAUGAUACAGGAGGUUCAGGCCUACAGGCCCCUCAGCCCCGGCAGCAGUCCCAUUCCCUCCACCACGCCCUCAAGCCCAGGUUGGUCCGGGGCAGGCUCAAAAAGCACCACGGGGGAGGGGUGCACGUCAGCUUCCGGCCCUCCACAGAGUCUGUCCAGUUCCACAACCCUCUAGACUCCAAGGAGGCCCACUGGAGGACCAGGCUGCGCCGCCUCAGCCACUUCAGCAGCCACUCUGUAGGAGUGGGGGGGUCUGGAGGGGCAGGGGUGGGUGGGUCAAAGGGUAAAGAGAGGUCAGGAGGGGAGGGGGUGAGCGGCAAUGGGGAGCAGCCUGAUGGGGAGGCCAGUGGAGUGGGGGGUCAUGCGACAGGGCAAGGGCGUGUCCGUCUUGGGCGCUCUGCCCUUCGGCCCCGUGGGACUCGGUCCAGAUCCCAGGAUGCGGAAUCGGGGAUCAGUCCCUCUCGGCAGCAGCAGGGGGCUCUGUUGGGCGGUGUGUAUAAAUCUGUGGUCCAUGCUCUCUCCAAGCCCAAGGCCCACGCCUCCGGCUCCGCGUCUCCCCAGCGGCACAGCAAAGCCCCCGGCGGGGCCACAGAGGCGCCCCUGAGGGACCUGUACACUCAUGUAUUGGGCUAUUUUGGAAGAAAAGCACCAGCCAACAAAGAGGACCCUUGUCAGAAGAUGCGGCCUGUGUCCAGUGACGCAGGCAACAGCAGCCAAAACUUUGGCGACCUGAUGGACGAGUUUAUCCAAGAGCGUCUGCGAGCGGGAGGCACCUCUGGUAUGACCAGGCGUGGCAGCAGCCCCGGUAGUCUGGAGAUCCCUAAGGACCUGCCAGAACUCCUGAACCGUCAGAACUCCACACGACCCGUGGACGACCCCGGCGUGCCCUCCGAGUGGACCUCCCCCGCCAGUGGCAGCAGCAGCGACCUAAUCAGCUCCGACAGCCAAUCGGACUCAUUUAACGCCUUCCAGUACGCCAACUGCAAGUUUGAAAAUUUCAGCUUUGGUCCGGAUGGCUGUGGUACGGGGUCGUUGGACCAGGAUAACACUAGCCUGGGAGGAGUACCCCUGACUGCAGAGGAACAGGAGCUGUCCAGCCUCACCACCCUGCACAUUGACUCAGAGACCAGUAGUCUGAGCCAGCUUGGCCUGUCUGCAGAUACCGUCACCAUCACAGGUUCAGAGAGUGCGUCCCUGAUGCAUUCUCUGGGGGGUUCCCGCUCUCAGACCCCGUCCCCAGCCACGCUGACCGCUGAACAUGUUGCUCUGCAGCACAAGGACCUGCAGCUGGAUGAGAAACUACAUCACUCUGUAGUACAGACUCCGGAUGACCUGGAAACCAGUGAGUUUCCUACAGAGGACUGCAGUGUGAUGGCUGGUGGCUCGCUGACCGGUUGGCACGCUGACGUUGCCACGGUGAUGUGGCGGAGAAUGCUAGGCAUUCUGGGAGAUGUGAACACCAUUAAGGACCCAGAGAUCCACGCCCAGGUCUUUGACUACCUCUGUGAGCUGUGGCAGAACCUGGCCAAGAUCAGAGAUAAUCUGGGGAUCUCUCUGGACAACCAGUCAUCUCCUCCUCCCCCGGUCCUCAUCCCUCCCCUUCGGAUCCUCACCCCCUGGCUCUUCAAAGCGACCAUGCUGACUGAGAGGUACAAACAGGGGAAGCUGCACGCCUACAAGCUCAUCUGUAAGAUCAUGAAGAGGAGGCAGGACGUAUCGCCCAACUCGGACUUCCUCACACACUUCUACAACAUCAUGCACUGUGGCCUCAUGCAUGUCGACCAGGACAUAGUGAACACCAUCAUUAAACACUGUUCUCCUCGGUUCUUCUGCAUCGGCCUUCCCGGGGCCACCAUGCUCAUCCUGGACUUCAUCAUCGCAGCCAGCAGAGUCACAGCCUGCUCUUCGCUCAACGCCCCGCGGGUGGAGGCUCAGAUCCUGCUGGGUUCUCUGGUGUGUUUCCCUAACCUGUAUGAGGAGCUGCCCGCCCUGCACCCCACCACCGCUGACGUGGUCAUGACCAAGUUCAGAGACGUCAAGGAACACAUCAUCAAACACAUCCUGAGUUCAGCCAGAGAUGAGCCUUCAGCCCCAGCCAGGUGUGUGGCCCUGUGCAGUCUGGGUAUCUGGCUGUGUGAGGAGUUGGUCCACGGCACCCAACACACUCAGAUCAAAGAAGCCCUCAACGUCAUCUGUGUCACUCUGAAGUUUCCAAAUAAAACUGUCGCGCUGGUGGCCUCCGACAUUCUGCACUUGCUCAUAAACUAUGUCGAUGACCUUCAGAAAUUCCCCCCAGACACUCCAAAGAAAAUAGUUGAGAUCCUCAUAGCGACCGUAACUCACCUACUCCCCACUACAGAAUCUUCCCCUCAUGAACUGGACAAGAGGUUGGUGGUGUCUCUGCUGUUGUGCCUCCUGGACUGGGUGAUGGCUCUGCCUCCUAAGACUCUGCUGCAGCCUGUCCAAACACUCAGCCCUGACAAGGACAAGCCAGACAAGUCUGUCCUCAGCUGUAUCUAUAAGGUGCUGCAUGGCUGUGUGUAUGGGGCCCAGAACUUUAACAGCCCCAGGUAUUUCCCCAUGAACCUGUCAGACCUGACCAGUCCUGACUACGACCCCUUCCUGCUGCUGGAGAGUCUGAAGGAACCAGAGCCCCUCCACUCCCCUGACUCAGAACGCUCCUCCAAACUACAGCCUGUCACCGAGGUGCGGAGCCGUAUUCAGCAUGGUCUGAUCUCCAUCGCAGCCAGGACAGUCAUCACCCAUCUUGUCAACCACCUUGGCCACUACCCCAUGUCUGGAGGCCCUGCCACCUUAACCAGCCAUGUCUGUGAGAACAUGGACAACCCAUACAGCGAGAGCCCUGACCUGGCCCCAGAGCUCUUCGACGGGCCCAACCUGCAGUUCUUUGUCCUGAACGGUACCACCCUCCUGUCCUGUCUCCAGAUCCGGGCUGAGGACGGUGUGCCCGGCGGUGGGAUGUCUGCAGGCCUCACCACUACCAGCGCCUGUGUGAGGGUUAUUGUUAGGGAUAUCUCCGGCAAACACUCGUGGGACUCGGCUGUACUGUACGGCCCGCCUCACUGUGCUGCUCCUAACCAGCCCCUGCACCUCUACAGUAAAAGACCUGCAGAGAGAACGAAUACAGAUGGGGAGAAGAACCGAGCAGGGGAGCUUGGAGAGAGGGAAGAAAAUGAGAGGGAAGAGGGGACUGCACUGGAGGAGGAGGAGGAGGAGGAGGAAGAAGAAGUGGUUGUGGUGCUGGGAGAGGAUGAGCUGGGAGAGGAGGAGCAGGGGGAGGCUGUGGAGGAGGAAGAAGAGGGGGAGGAGGAAGGUGCCUUGGAGCUGAUGGCCCCGCAGGCCAAGCGUGUGUGUCGGGAGGUGGUUCCGUCCUGGGACUCCCUACGAGAAGAUGACGUUCUAGAUGAGAUGCUGCAGUACCUGGGCUACUCCAGCCCCGAGUGUCUGCAGCGCGCCGGAGCCCCCCUCAACAUCCCCGCCCCGCCCCCUGUCUGCGUCUCGGAGAAGCAGGAGAAUGACGUGAUCAACGCCAUCCUGAAGCAGUGUGCUGAGGAGAGGGACUUUGCGGUGCACAGGGGGAAUGGGCUGAACAUGAGGGCUGUGGAGCAGGGGGAGCCGGAGCCCCACAGGCCCCAGUCAGCCUUCUACUACUGCAGGCUGCUACUCAACAUCCUGGGCAUGAACUCUUGGGAGAAGAGGAGCAACUUCCAUCUCCUGAAGAAGAACGAGAAACUGCUUAGAGAGCUGAAGAACCUUGAUUCCAGGCAGUGUCGUGAGACUCACAAGAUAGCUGUGUUUUACGUGGCGGAGGGGCAAGAGGACAAGCACUCUAUCCUGUCUAAUACCAGUGGUAGUCAGGCCUACGAGGACUUUGUCUCUGGGCUGGGCUGGGAGGUGAAUCUGACCAGUCACUGUGGCUUCAUGGGAGGUCUUCAGAGGAACAAGAGCACGGGUCUGACCACGCCUUACUUCGCCACCUCUACCGUGGAGGUCAUGUUCCACGUCUCCACACGCAUGCCCCCCGACUCUGACGACUCACUCACCAAAAAGCUACGCCAUCUUGGGAAUGACGAGGUGCACAUCGUGUGGUCGGAGCACUCCCGAGACUACAGGAGAGGCAUCAUCCCCACGGAGUUUGGCGACGUCCUCAUCAUCAUCUACCCCAUGAAGAACCACAUGUACAGCAUCCAUAUCCUCAAGAAGCCAGAGGUCCCAUUUUUCGGGCCGCUGUUUGAUGGAGCCAUAGUGGAUGAGAAGAUCCUUCCCACCAUGGUCCGGGCUACAGCCCUCAAUGCCAGCAGGGCUCUAAAAUCCCUCAUCCCCCUCUACCAGAACUUCUACGAGGAGAGAGCCCGUUACCUGGAGACCAUCGUCCAGCACCACCUGGAGCCAACCACCUUCGAGGACUACGCAGCGAGGGUCUUCUGCCCCGCCCCCUACCACCACCAUCUCUCAGACCCCGCUUCAUUGUCUCUGCUCGGUGGCGACAGGCUACAUCACAUUGAUUCUCUCUCCAGCUUCAUUGUCUCUGCUCGGUGGCGACAGGCUACAUCACAUGCAUGCCGGAAAUGAAAGGAUCAUAAUCUAUCACUUGUGUAUAUCUAAAGGUAAGACUCCUGGAAACCCCCGCUCCCUUCUGAUUCACUUGUAACAAUGUUAUGAACAUCCUACUUUUCCCCAUACCUAUCGGUCUCUCUCUCUCUCCACUGACCAAAUCUGCUGAUCUCAAUCGUUUCUUGUUUCUUCUCCAUCAUGUUGUCAGAUGAGUGUCUUAACUUUAACAUUGAACCUCAGACCUUGCAUGCUUCCACCAUAACAGGCUCAAGCCUUUUCUCGUGUUGUCCUCUGUUCAUCAUCACUCCCACUCUGAAUCCUGUGUUUUGAUUCUAACCACUAUCUUCCUCUGUGUGUUCCUGAGCAUGAAUUUACUGGAGCUCUGCUUCUUUACCUUUUUACACGUGUGUUCACUACAUCUGAAAUGUUCAGUAAUUGUUAGGCAGUCAAGUCUGUUUUAUGAGCCCAGUCAGAGCACAGUACAGUUGCUCUCUAUACUCAUGGACUGACAGACGCACACACGUUAUGUAGCCAUUGAAGAUGGCUGGCCCUGAAGAUCAAUAUUUAAACAGCGUAAACGUUGGUAAGUAAGUGGAAUCAUUGCAUUAAUGCGCCAGUCAACGUGUGUGUGUGUGAUGAUGUGUUUAGGUGGUGCUUCUGCUGUCUUUGUUCUCUGUGCACCUUCUAUUGAUUCCCCCUCUGCUCACACCUCUUAUCUUUUCUCUCUCCUGUUGUCUUUGUCUUCUUCUUUUUGCGUUUUUCCAAUUCUUUCCUUGCUUGCUCUACCCCGCUGUACCGCUCCAUCCCUGCCUACUCCUUCAAACUGCUUCAUUACUUCCUCUUCCCUUUUCCUCUCCUUACCCAUUUUCCAAUUCACCUCUACUGACCUCUGUUGUCCUGUUGUCUCCUCUUCUACUUUCUUCUCCUCCCCUCUCCCUUGUGGCUUUGUGGCUUCUCUUCAUCUUCCCCACCAAAGAGAGCUUGAUAUUUCUGCUCCUUCCCAAAACUCCACUAGAAAACAUUGGGCUCGGCAAGGUAAAGGGCAAAGGCUUGAAACGGAAGGUCUUUCAUGCUAGCUGUGAAUGGUACGCUAAAACAUGAACACGGCAAAGUACCUUUUUUUCUUGUUCCUUCUUCCCCUGUUUCCUUCUUCUUUAGUGUCCUGUGUAUUGUUCUCUGACGGUCUAGGUGUCAUAUCCCUGUGUUUUAAUAUUACCACCAUAGUUGUUUGGAUUCAUUUCAUGCACAUUGAUGCUUUGAUUCAUCACAGUUAAAAAGAGCUGACUGUAUUCUCUGUAUAAUACAGUCACUAAAACACAAGUCAAAACAAUGAUUUUCAAAGAGAUGUAACACCUCUACCACUACAGUAGAAAUUAAAGUGCAUGUACUGACUUUCCCCUGGCUUUCCUUAGACUAAGGCUAAUAUGAGCUGGGGACUAACCUCAGAAAGGCAGGGUGUAGACUGGAGGAGUAAGAUCCAGUAGUAUUUGGGGGGGGGGCAAGCAGCUGGCCCUGCCUUCAGCAUUGCUGUUUUAUUAUUGACUGUAGUGGGUUGGCUGGGCAGGUACGGGGGGACUCUUAAUGCCUGUGCUCUCCUUCCCUCCCUCUGUUUCUUCCCCUAUCCUUCAUCCCUCCCUCUCUCCUUUCACAGGCUCAUGCCUCGAGAGUCAGGAGGGAGGAAGUCCAGCGGCAGUGCAGCUAGACGGGGCCGACCAGUUAGCCUCGCCAAUGUCCCCUCGUACUAGCAAGAGCCGCAUGUCCGUGAAGCUCCGACGCUCCUCCGGCUCGGCCAAUAAGACCUGAUCGGACAUUCCCUCUGCUGACCGUCCUCCACGCAACGCCCUGCAUGAGGUCACAGCCUUCAGACUCUCUGUACUGAACAGCUAGGACUGCACUGCAACUACCAGCCUUUACCUGCAACUACCAGCCUUUACCUGCUAACAGUGCUGCAUCGCAUGUUAUGUACCCCCACUAUAUGGACAUGCCUGCCCUGCAGGGUCAGAAUCAGCAUCACCCCUACUGCACCACCCUUCCUAGAUGCAGGAUAAGGCCUUGAACAGAGCCAGACCCUCAGGGGCCAGCCCAGGGGCCCCCAGGACUUGUGCUAGCAGGGCCUCCAACAGAAUAAACAAGUCCCCUGGGCAAGGUUAGCUAACUAUGCUCACUACCACCACAAACUUUAUGCUAAAUAUAAUAUACUUAGAUAUAUAAAAGAAGCAGCAUCGGUUUGGUUUUGUAUAGAAAGCAUAAAGGCAACAUUCAUUGUAAGUCGCAUUGUUGAUGGUUGAAAUCACUUGAUAUUAGACUGAGAUGGUGAACUACAGUGUGGUCUUUCUCUGCUGUUGUAGCUGAGCAGAGUGGCUAAUAUCCUGUCCUCCUGGCUCUCUGGGCCCCUGGCUCUGGGCACCUGACUCUCUGCACCCACUAGGAAAGGGAUUGUAAGAGUUUGUAAGAAAGGACAAAGAAACACAAAGUAAGAAAAGCUUAUUUGUCAUAUUUGGUCACUGUGUCCACCGUGAGACAAAUGUGUAUAUAUAUAUUUGUACUAUAUUCUGUAUAUACAGGAGUUGUCACUUUCUUUACACUUGGACUGAAGCAAUGUCAGCCAGUGUUCAAAGAUGAGAUGAAAGUUUUGAAGUUUCUUUCUAGAAUUGUGAGAUGGAAAUUGUUUGGUUAAAGUGAAGCACUUACGUUUUGGUUUUGGUUUUCACGCUGAACGUGUAACUGAGUUUGACUUUGAGUAUAAUAUUCACUACUGUUCUUUUGAGGGUCACAUGUAUUUUUUUUAAUCGAGAUUGUAAAAUUGUUUUUCACCUGAUAAAGAAUGUUACUGAUUAUUUAGUUUUGUUCAUAUACAAUGUGUUGUAUUGAACCAGCCCUUUUUUCACUCAUGAUGACUUAUAUAUAUAUAUAUAUUUAAGGUGUGUAGUGUUGAGGACCAUAUCUGGUCUGUACAUAUUUGAAUAUAGCUGGCCAAAAAAAACUAAAAGUCUAUUACCUUCAAGAUACGUAGACCAACGGUUGGAUGUGUGAUCAGAUCUUCUGCUUGCUUUUCAUAUAAGAGGUCUUCUGCCUCGGACGUCAUCACAAAGCUUGCCUGCUGAAGUUGGCCAAUACAACACUGUACUGUAGCUUUGUCCACAGCUAGAAGAAAAAGCUCAUUGCUGUUAUGGUCGAGUGUCUGUCUGUGCAACAACACAAAUGAGGAUGGAAAGAGGACCAUCUAUGUUAUGGAGACAUUCCCUCCAGUAAUGUAUUGGUAUUAACACAGUAUGUACUGUAUAGGAGCUUAAACAACCAUAUACCGUUUCUUGACUGUCCAGCUCGCUAAUAAUCACCUAAAUUAAAUCUAGACAGGAAGUAUUGAAAAUUAGCAAGACGAUUGUUUAUUUUUUGCAAAUUUGGACUGCGAGGGAAUAUUUAAAAAAUUCAGUGUGGCCCUCUGGACCUCGUUGAAGACCGAAUGCCGUCCCUGGGGCAAAAUGAGUUUGACGCCACUGUUAUUUAUUUGGGUUCUUCUGAAACUCCAGCUAGGGUCUGCAGGUGGGCUUCACAGCAAGCUAAUGUGCUACCUGUCUAGAACACUUCUCUACUGUCCACUUCAUGUAUUGUAGCAGGUCUUAAUCGUGGUCUUCUGGCCUGCUUCUCAAACAACACCUGUACCUGGGUCGUUCUUGAGUUCCGAUGGCAUUUUGGGAAGAAAAAAAUGUAUUUUUUCUGUAUAUUUUUUAUUUAAAUGUAUUUGGGUACAUCUUUCCAUUCUAAAUCAAUUAAUAUGGCAGCUUAAUGACUUUAAAUAAUGUUUACCAUUAUGAUAACAUUGUGCCACCAGUAGGAGGAGUAACACCGACGAGACAUUUUAGGUUGAGGAUUUUCUUGUAAGGUCAUUAAAAAUAAUUUAAGUGAUAUGAUUAAUAAUUUUGCUCACAAUGUAAUUUCCCUUCAUUUAAAUUGAGUAACACCUGUUGGAUUAAAACACCAAAUUAUCAAUGGAAUCCUCAAAUUUAUGACAUGCUAAAAGGGUGUGAUUCGCUCUACAUUUUCUUUAACAUAGACCCCUCCCUCAAUAGGUUUGCCACUGGAGGGAAUGCUCAAGGUCGUUGUAUAUCUUUGCAAUGAGUGAUUUUCCAGGCGGUAACACCACUGACAUAAAACUGAUGGACAGUUUGAUCUAUACCAGGGGUGGGCAAGUCCAGUCCUCGGGGGGCCUGAUUGGUGUCACACUUUUGCCCCCACCACAGCUAACACACCUGACUCCAAUAAUCAAAGAAUCAUGAUCUUCAGUUUAGAAUGCAAUUAGUUUAAUCAGCUGUGUUAGAUAUAGGGAUGGGGGAAAAAGUGUGACAGCACUCCGGCCCCUGAGGACUGGAGUUGCCUAUCCCUGAUCUAUUAAAUACUUUUGUUCACUUUCUAGCAUUCAAAAUAAUCGAUCUCUAAAUCCUCAAAACAUGUCAAUACAACUUUACAUCACUACUGGAAAAAAGCCAAUUUGCUUAUCCUUAGUACAUUAAACAAUGCGUAAACAUAACGUUUUGCAGUAUAAAGGACUUAACAUUGUUUUACUAUUGAUAAACCGUUCCCUAUAAACAAAAACAUGUAUGAUGUGUAACUAUUUGUCAUUUUAAAGUGUGUUUUGUGGUUGCGAAGGCAAGGGAGGCAAAUCCCACUGCAAUUCAAGAACGACCCACCCCUUUGUCACUCCAGUUGCCAACUGUGUCCAACUUUACGACACACUAGCAGAGCAAACGCUGCAUUUUUAUCUUUGAAUUCUGCUAUUAUUUUGUGCUAUACUUUGUCGUUAUUUGCUUUCAGCUAUAGGUUCUCUCCUAGAGAGGAAAGGGAUUGUAAAUACCUGUUUUGGAUCUUUUUGGUUGUAAUAUCUUUUAAAAACUGCUGCCAUGUCUAAGGUCAAAUCCAUGUUCUUUUUGUGUUACGUUUGAAUAUAUGAGCUUGAAGUCCGUUCCGAUAGAGUUAUUAUUAUAAGAUGACCGAGGAUGAGAACUAAGAACUUGCCAGAGAGAGUGAAGAAAUCAUGCUGCAUCCUUACUUAAAGCUGAGGAGAUUGGAUAAGAUUGGUUUGCUCUCUCCCUACACUCAGAUGCGACUGAAACUUGUACAUAGUGUAAAGUAAAAAAAAACUUUCUCAUUUAUGGAGUUAUACUGUAUGUUACUACUGACCAAAUACAGCAUGAUGCCAGUAGGCCUACUAACUGCAUGUGUUGGUAUAACAUCUACACACACGCGCACACAAUCACACAAAAUGAAAUAGUAUUGGCAUACUUGUAUCUAUACAUUUGUAAUGGCUGUCCAGAAAGGGAGUGGGUGUGCAAUGGAAUUUGACAAUAAAAAGUAUUCUUACCA